CUCCCUCUCCACCGCGAGACCAUCCACCGCGACUUCUCCCUGCUCGACAUCGACAUCGACAUCGACUCGACCACCUCCACCAACAUCAUCGCCGCCGACUUCCGCUCCAACACUACCACCACACCCAUUGACGGGCAUCCACCGCCGCGACCGUGACACGAGCACCACAACCUUCACUCCCUCCUCACUUCACACCAUGGCCUCCGCUAUGCACGCGCAACCGCCCCAGAGCGUGUUCCCCAAGAGCCACGUCGGUUUCGACAGCAUCACGACACAGAUCGAGAAGAAGCUGCUCAAGCGCGGCUUUCAGUUCAAUGUCAUCUGCGUGGGACAGACCGGCCUCGGAAAGUCGACUCUCAUCAACACCAUCUUCGCCUCGCACCUUGUCGACAGCAAGGGUCGCCUCGCUCCCACCGAGCCUGGUCGCCAGACCACCGAAAUCCACCCCGUCACCCACAUCAUCGAGGAGAACGGCGUGCGCCUCCGCCUAAACAUCGUCGAUACUCCUGGAUACGGCGAUCUCGUCAACAACGACCGCUGCUGGGACCCAAUCGUCAAGUACAUCAAGGACCAGCACAGCGCCUACCUCCGAAAGGAGCUCACCGCACAGCGCGAGCGCUACAUCCAGGACACCCGCAUCCACUGCUGCCUGUACUUCAUCUCGCCUACCGGUCACGCUCUCAAGCCAAUCGAUAUCGUCGUGCUCAAGAAGCUGAGCGAGACAGUCAACGUGGUUCCUGUCAUCGCCAAGGCCGAUAGUCUGACCUUGGAGGAGAGGCAGAUCUUCAAGGACCGAAUCAAGGAAGAGUUUGCAUUCCACAACAUUCGCAUGUACCCAUACGACAACGAGGAGUAUGAUUCGGAAGAGGUGGCCAUGAACUCUCAGAUCAAGUCCAUCAUUCCCUUCGCCGUCGUCGGCAGUGAGCGCAACAUCAACGUCAACGGCAAGACUGUGCGUGGCCGCCAGAACCGCUGGGGAACAAUCAACGUCGAAGACGAGAAGCACUGCGAAUUCGUCUACCUCCGCGACUUCCUCACCCGUACCCAUCUCCAGGACUUGAUCGACACGACCUCGCAAAUCCACUACGAGUCCUUCCGCGCCAAGCAGCUCCUUGCCCUCAAGGAGAGCUCCGCCCAAGUUCACCAGGGUGGCAGCCGACCAAUUUCUCCAGCAGCGGAUCGCGAGCUCAGCAGGCAGAGCCAGCGCAUGACCAUGAACGGGUACUAG